AUGCUAACUAAAAUUAUCCACGAAUUACAACCACCGAGUCAUCUCUUUGCUUUUACACCCUUUCCUUCUGAAAGUAUGAAGAAAAAUGGUCAUGGUCGAAGCAUAACUAUGGUUUUCCAAUCCUCUGAUAUAGACUCAGCUGCGAGAUACUGUGUAUCUUCUUUGGAAAAUGCUCUGGGUACUGAGACAUGGUACUCAUCAAUCAUUUUAGUUGAAGAGUCUGUUCACAAGCGUUUUAUCGAUCGUGUUGAGAACAUUAUUAGUUCUUGUAUAUCUGUUUCUUCUGAAACUGUAGAGUCGAAGCAGUUGGAAUAUCCAUUAUACUGCUUAAGUUAUUUCGAUGAAAUUGUGUCACAAAUAAGCUCUGUUGGCGCUAAAGUUUUAUGUCUGGAUGGGAAAAUACGUCAUUUUCCAUUUAUUGUGCAUGAUAUCACUCCAUCGUUUGUCAAAGUUAGGAGGCAUAUUGGCCCUGUUGGAUUUGUUCUUUGUUUCCGUUCUGUUAAGGAGAGUGUUUCCUUAUUGAAAUAUUUCUCUGAUCAAUUCAAUAAUUUCAGGUUAAGUAACGUCACAUCAACAAGCUGGGAGCCGGUGGUAAACAUUUGGCAAACUGAUUCCAAUGUAAUUUGGCAACUCUUUGAAAUGCUGUGGCUCUCUGGUGUGGAUAAUGUUUUUGUUAAUGCUUCUAGCCGGCAGUUGUCAACCACAAUGUAUGCCAAGCUUUUUGAAAUAAAUGGUUCACUAUCAUUCUUAAGGGGAAAUUUAAAGUUGGAAACUGAGACAACAUAUGCAACAGUGACUUCACUUGUAUCUGCCGCUAAUACUGCUCAACUCACUUGGAUUAGUAAAGGCUAUGAAUCGAUUCAAUGUGAACUGCUAAGAAGUGGGAUUUCGCCUGGUAUUCCACUUGAAAAAGAAGCAUUCAAGUACUUCGUGCGCCAUACUCACCAACUAUUAGGAGAUCCAUGCCGAUUGUUUCUCACCAGCAAAAGGCAAGGGACACUUCUUGUUCCCAUAGCUCAUUUUUGCUUAAAACCGACGGGUCCGAUUGCCCUUGUGGUGGAUUGUAGGUUUCUGGGUAACCUUAAAAAUUGUACUUUUAUUUUGAAAAUUAUUUUUUGUUCCUUAUUUGCAGGGAAUAGCAUUGUUUUAUUUGUAACAAAUAUUGAAGGAUUUAGUGUUCUGAAUAUACUGUUGGUUGGAUUAUUCUGA